AUGCCCACCAUAUCACAGCCUUUUAGGCUCGCGUCACUUCCCAAGAUAUCCUCGCUCAACAACUAUGCAUCUCAGGCGAAUUUGCUUCAGGUAGCAGACACUUUGGCGCCAUCUGCUAACUACAUCAAUGUGGGCAUUUCAGGUUCUGCUAUUUCACAGUAUAUCACGAACCCUACACCAAAGCUAGUGUAUAAUCUCCCUAUUCCAUCUACUAAUAUUGUGAAGGCCUUUGACCAGGCAGAUUCAGGCAACAAUGAAGUGUUGUGCUACGCUUUGCAAGCCAACAAGACCUUUUCCCUGCAUUGUCUUGAGAAGCCUAUCUGUAAGGCUCCGGUGGCUGAUUCUAACUUCGGUGAUACAUUUGCAAGCAACAAGCUUUCAUUAGCAGAGGAACCAAUUAGUGUCAAAGUGCUGGGCGUCCAGAAGUGCAUAGUACUCGUGCUUCGAAGCGGGCUGGUGCAACUCUACGACUUUAGUUUGACAUUACAACAUUCUUUUGAUAUUUCGUACAAAGACGUCCAGUUUGUCCAACAUUUUACAAAUGAAUCUGGUCAGAGCUUUGUCUUCAUCUUAAGUGAUAUCAAGGGCGGAAAAGUUUCCUUCAAGUUACUCGAGAUUGAUCAAGUACAGUCACCGCCUGUCGUGAAGGAGUUGAGUUCUGUGAUACUCGAAGAUUUUCCUAUAAAAGAUUCUCAAAUUUUCUAUCAAUUCGGAAAGAUUUACAGGCUACACAAUUCCAAAAUCGAUGUCUACACUCUCCCAUAUUUCCAGCAUUCACACACGAUUUCGUUGCCAUUUUUGUCACCAAAGAGCGAGACUUCGUUCAAGCCCAUUUCUCAAAAUAGAGCUUUGUUAACCGCCGACAACAAACUGUACCUUUUGGACCUGCUACAUCAGGCCGUUUUAAGCUCUAGAGAAUUGACUCACAUCAAAACUUUCCAAUUACUUUGCACCGCUGUUGUGCCUGGUAACCUCACUGCCAACAACGAAACCUUAGCGAUCGGUGUUUCUACCAAACAUGGAUCCAAUCCUACCAGCGCGCUGGAUAUCGUCAAUAUUGAUGUGGGUACCGGUACAUUAAAAGAUUCUAUGGGGAGAGGUUUUUCAGUGCCAGUCUCUACCCAUAAUCACCUUCAGUCAGUUCUAGAAGAUUAUAGUGCACCAGAAACUAAAGAAUUCAACUACGACCAAAUUUUGAAAGAACUCAAGAAGGCCAAAGGUAGCAUUCAAAAAUUCGAUACCCUUUUUUUCCAAAAGCUGAAAAUAAAAAGGGAGCAUUACACGGACUCGGAUCGAUUCAUCAACGACCGUGAGUUUUUACAAGAUGUUACAGCGCUGAUAUUCCAGAACUUUGAGUCAGAUUACCCAAAAGCUCUUCCAUACCUACUUACUCAUCCCCUUUUCCCAAAACCACAGACCCAGGACAUUUUGCUAAAGCUCAAAGCGCAUCCACGGCUAUUCAAGCAAGCGAUAGUCACUUGUCCAAACCUCUCUUUGGAUGAACUGCUUCAAGAGCUCUUCACUGUCAUGAAUGAUGAAUUAUGUCUUGAUCUCUCAUUGCGUAUUCUACAAGAUUUCACCAAAGAUACUAUUAAAGAUGCAAUAAAGAGAAAAAGCAAACUUGAAGUUAACAACUUCGUUAAUUUUGUUAUGAACGACAGCAUUGAUGAGGACAGAAUUAAAAAUAAGCCUCGUCUUUUUCAACUACUAAGUCUGGUUUUAGAUUCUGUCGGCUUACUCUCCUUAACAGAUGACACACUUGCCAAAAUAUGCGACUACAUUAACCUUCAACUCCAUACCGUGAAGCAAAACGUUGAGCUUUUCAAUUUGCUGGAAGAUACCAGCUCAAGGAGUACAGUGGGUCCAAAUCAAAAUGACGCCUCAAUAACAAAUGAAACCAGCAUUCCAUUAUAUAGUGUGGAGAAGUUAGAACUGUAG